AUGCCUACAAAUUACGAAUUGACGAUUAAUAACGAGAUGUCCAUUUGGGAAUUUAUUCACAAGUCAGUUUUUUUUCCGGCAGAAAAGUGUUGAAAAUUGAGUUUUUAUUCAGAAAAAUUAUCGUUAACCGAGAGUAUGAGCGUGUCGAUGUGGAUUUGUUCGAAGAGUACAAACAGGAGCACGAGACGCCGAUUUCCUGCAACAAAAUGUUCAAGUUGUGAGUUUUUGACCUAACACCACAGUUUUUUCUUGAGUUUUCUGAUUUUCAGCUACAAUUCGACGAUGAAAGGCCGAUUGUACAAGUUUCUGCUGCCCAGAGAGCACAUUUUGGAGCUCUACAAACGAUUGCACAUUGAAAUUUCGGAGCACGUUGAGCAAAUGUACACAUUCCUGUAAAACACCAAAAAACUUCCAAUUUCCAGAAUGGAAGCCGUGUUUUCCGCAAUUCUUCAUCUCAACUCUGAUCGGAUUCUCGAGGACUAUCGAUUUGUCGACGCGGCUCCACGUGGCACCGGCGAAUCGACGCAAAAAGUGCGAAAAGAGCCGGGCGGCGACGUUUUCGACGACGACGAAAUCGCCGUUUCGCGCGGCGUCGAGCUCCAAAUGUGGAAGUUUAUGAGCGAGAAGUUCGAUAAUUCGCGUGCGAGCCGAGUGAGAACGCGCGCGUUCUGGCAGGAGUUUCUGUGGACCGUUCAGAUUGAUACUCGUGCAUCGGCGACUGUUCUGGCCCAUCAGUGAGUUGGAUAUGCUUGCACCCGCAAAACAUCAACCCGUUUCACAGCUUCGUCGGCGAAAUGCUUCCGGAUCUUUGGCAACAGAACAUCGAACCACGUAUCAAAAUGGAUAUGGGCGUCCAGCUGAAAGUGCCCGCCGACACCGGGGCACAGUACCAUUUGGCCGAAACGGACCGGGUCGAGGUGCGUGUCGAUUCGCAGAACCUGGUGAAAACGUGGAAAAUGAUGCCAGAGUGUCUGGAGAAAUCGCAAGUUUCGGAAGAGCGAAAUACGCCGAAAAUCGAGGAAAUGGACGAAUCGCCGCGAAGAAAGGCGUUCACCGACGCGGAGGACCGGCAAAUGUGGCUCUACAUUUCCAAUAAACUGAAGGAAAACGGGAAAAUCAAACCGAAAGGACUCAGUUUUUGGCAGAAAUUCGUGAACGACACGAAAAGCGACAGGAGCCCCUCGAAUUUGUCGUCUCAGUUCGUCUCCCGGGCCAUUAAUCUCUAAUUUAAUGCCAAAUUUCAGUUAUCGCAAAAAGAUGGUUCCGAAUUUGCACAAAAUCGACGGAAUCAAAAUUCGCGAUCGUAUGCAGCUCUACUAUUUGCUCGAUAUUCCGAUUCCACUUCCGAUUCGGAUCAGGUGAGCUGAGAAUUCACCGAUUUCGUUUAAAGGAACAACAGCGCUCUGCUCGUUUUCUACCGAAAAACACCGAAUUGAAUUUGCACCCGAAAGUGCGAUGGAGCGCAUUUACACAUCACUUUUUGCAGCGCCAAAGCGAAACUCGGUCAUCAGAUACAGGUGGAUGAGAACGACGUGCUGGUGGAGGUGAAACGAAGCAGGAAGACGUCAGAAGAUGAGGAGAAACCGAUUGAGAAUCAGGAAGAGGAAGAAGAAGAGCCGGCGAGCAAUAAGAGCAGAAGAUCGAUCCAUGAGGGGAUGGAAGAGCUGGUGAACGGGACGUACAUCAAAAUAGAGGAGCCGGAUGAGCCCGAAGACGCGGAGCACACUCAGGCGAUGGAUUCGGAAGCCGUCGAGAACUGUCUCCACGUCGCCAUCGACUACGAAUCCAGUUGUGACGAAGACUAA